AUGUGGUUCAACGAUGUGUCUAAUGUUAUUUUGAUCACCUAUUGUGGAUUUAUUAACCCUUCGCCAGAGAAUUCCCAGGUGAUUGGUCUUCUCAACGUAGACCGCGACAACGGUGUAGAUAUCUUGCAAAACAUCACCGAACUCAGACUGGAAGCAAAGGAGUAUCAAGUCAACGAGAGCACUAGCCCUUUCUCAUACUCCUCACAUGAAGGUUUCAGAGCUUACAACCCAAUCAAUCCACCCACAACUGGCAUUGUGGACACAAGGAGAACGGUGGAUGGAUGUGACGACGAUGCCACCUGCAUUGCUGAUUAUAUACUUUCUAGUGACAUUAACUUGGCUAAGAGCACACUAGCAUCCAAACGAGACCUCAACAUGAGCACCAAUACUGUCGCUCGCACUCCACCAAUAAUCUCAAUGAAUCAAACUGCCUUGCAUGGUACAUACCAAGCAGCUAGCACAGUUACUGUUGUCGCAUCCCCAAGAGCUGGUUUGACGAUCGUGAGCAUCAAUUACACAGUUAAUGGUAUCACCGUGUCGGCUCAGAAAGUAUCCCCCAGUUCACUGGUCUUUUCAUGGACUCCUACUCAGAGGCAUCUCAAUGGCAGUGUGUCACUACAUGUGACAGCAGCCGACAGCAAUGGUGACAUCGCUACCAUGACAAUUCCAAUUGCUCUGUGCAGCUGCUUUGGAACUUGCCAGCCACUUGCAUCCAUUUCUCUGACAGAACCCUUCACCAAACUGGGCUGCGCCUCUUGUGAAGCUGGUCGCACUGGUUCUAACUGUGACGAGGAUCUGGACAGCUGUAUUACAUCACCAUGUUCUAGUUCGCUACACACGUGUACUGAUAUCCCGCUGCCUGGAGAUGGCUUCACCUGUUCAUGUCGCGCUGGUUUCACGGAGAGCAAUGGCAACUGCCUCGAUGUGAACGAAUGUGUAACUGGCGGUGGCCACAGCUGUCCACAAAGUCGCAGCUCAUGCACCAACACAGCAGGCUCCUAUCUAUGCCAGUGUUCAGCUGGCUACACAGGCGAUAACUGUCUAGAUCAGGACGAAUGCAGUUUAGAUGUGAACGACUGUAUACGUUCGACAGGUUCAUGUAUUAACACGGCUGGAAGUUACGAGUGUGUUUGCCCGGAAGGUUUUGAAGGCACUGGAAGACAGGAUUAUGGUGGUUGUGAUGUUGUUCAAUGUAGAACACCAAAGAUUACCAAUGGAAAAAAGAACACAUCGCGUAUACUUUAUGGAGAUACCGCUCGAUAUGCUUGUGAUGAUGGCUUUCGUCUACUCGGUGAUGGAUCACCAAACUGCACUGCAGAGGGCAAGCUGACAUCACUACCUAAAUGCGUUUCAUUUGAUGGAUGUGCCGAGGGAUCCCACCAGUGUGACCAGAAUGCUGGCUGCAGAAAGAUUGCGAAGGGAAGCUCAUACGUUUGCACCUGUGAACCAGGUUUUACAGGAGAUGGUCUAUCCUGUGAACUGGUGCAAGAUUACUGCCCUGAGUUCGAUGUACUUAACGCUGCCAGUACGGCUUCCUCUACCACGAACAGCUUGGGAGACAAUAUCACUUUGGUCUGUGAGGAUGGAUAUAGGUUGGUGCUCGAGGGUAAUCAGUCUGACUCGUACACUUGCUCCAUGAAUGAUGCAGGCCUCGGCGAGUGGGAUGGUGAUGCCUUCUGCGAGGGGACGGGGGAAGCCGGCUCAACUUCCGGUAGCUCCUUAGCCAUAUCUGUUUCUCUCAGUUUAUUGGGCAUCGGAGGCAUAGCAGUGGCUGCCGCUAUGAUCAUUCACAAACGGCAGAUAUCCGGCAAAUCCGCCAUACCCGCAGGAGCCUUGCAAUAUAUUUCAAAAAGAAGUAUGAGAGGGAAGAAGGGCGAGCAACCAGGAGCCAGCACUGGCACAGGUGAUGUCAGUAAUAACCCUCCGUUCAUACCAUUACCACCAAGAAACAAGGUUGCAGAGAGACAACCAAGCAACAGCACUGGAAUGGAAACUUAUCUUAACUUGGCUGAGUCUAAGGAGAAACAAUUGCUUCCUGGCCAGAAAAUUGCCCUGUACGGAAACCUCAACCAACCAGAGCCGAGUACAAUGGAUAGCAGCUGUGGGUUGCUUGCAGCUGAUGGUGAUAUCUAUGAUGAACUUAACGUUAGUGCAGGUCAGGCGCAAAAGAAAGAGCAAGAAGAAAAGGCAGCAGGCAAACCAUCACGAGGCGAUAUGCCAGCAAAAUUAAUAGAAACCGGUUUCGCUUCUCUUGAAGAUCUCCAAUCUACGUACGGAAAUGGAGAAUCACGCAGCGCCUCACAACGCAACAGUGUCGAUGUGUACGGUAAUGGUUCGUCCCCGAGACCAUCUUGUGGAGAUUUCAGUGCAGUCAUCGGUGAUAAUCUGAGACCGGGUGGCAUGUUGUCAAAUCUAAAGGUUUCGCCGCAUCUUCCGAGCCCUGACGGUGGUUCAUAUGAUAAUUUAAGCAAACAGACAGCAGCAAUGAAGAAAAGCAGUCCUGGCAAGGCACCAACCACUGUGAAAGCUUCUGACAAAGCAGGGCCGGAUAAAGACAAGUUGUCUAGUGCAUCUCGACAGAGCAGUGGGGAUAUGUAUGGUAAUGGUCUGUUGCCAAAGACAUCAUGCAGCGAUGAGGUCCAUAAGAACGCUGGAGAAAUACUGAAACUUCCACCAAGUCUCCCGAGUGUCAAUGGUAGCUCUUACGACAACCUCAGCAAAAUGAGAACAAAUGCCAUCGGAGCUUCAGGUGCAGAUCUUAUUGAAGAGGACAUUUAUGAGGCGGAAGCAGCUUCAGGAAUAUAUGAGAUUGAGGAGGUCAAGAUUGAAGAGCCUUCAUCAAUCUAUGAAGCCGAUCCAGUGCUGCUGGAAUCUGCUGCUGCCACUGACACUGGGAUGCAUCUUACUAAGGCAGAAGUCAAACUCCCGAAACUCUUAUCAAUUGGACUAGACGAUGGGACUGACCUUGAGGAAACAUACGGGAAUGGUGAAUCACGCGCAGUCUCUCGCGAAAACAGUAUAGACGUAUAUGGCAACGGGUAUUCCCCUCGGAACUCUACAGGAGACAUAAGCACGGAUUUAAUUCAUCAGGUUGCUAAGUCCCCGGUCCUCGGGUCGAUCUUGAGCAGUGAGGCGUCAUCCGCGGUUCUGGAGGCUGAGGAAUCUGACGACGAUUCUGUCUACGGAAAUGGAGAUUCUCCUAAGGCAUCACGUCACAACAGUGUCAAACUCUCUUCCGCCAAAGUCUCUCCCCAGGCUGCUGGUAAUGGCAAGCAACUUGCAGAGGCAGACGUUCAAGCCGCUGGUGUCUCGCUGAAAAAGCUCCAAGAUGAAAGCAAGCAGAAUGGCCGCGGACGACAAGCCUCUAGCCCACUCCCAGCCCGGCCACCGGCUCAAGGUGGCAAGUUGCCAAUGGCAAUGGGCCAACGACCUCAAAUGAAAGAACCGGCUUUCAAGGGAGCCAACUCUAAACCGCAGGAACCAGCACGGAAAAUCAAUGCAGCCCCACCACUGCCAUGCAGAGCCUUGCCCAAGACGAAUUCACAGGAUGAGGAGGACAUAUACGCAGAGCUUCCUGACGGAAAUCAACCCCAGGAAGAUUUAAUUCCUCCCAGCAUCAGUUCUGAUGAAGAGGGAAAUGGAGAGGAUAUCUACGGUUGUAUUGACUAAGAAAGGAUGAAUGAUUCUUCGUAUGAAUGGGAAUCGUUUGACGGACCGUCUUCAAAUCAAUUUUGCCCUGUCCUAUUCGCAAAUCAGACUACCAACAUCACAGUCUACAGACAGGGUAACGUUCGAUUUUUCACUCUACCUGAUACCACCAUCUCUGUUGUACCCCUCUACCUGAUACCACCAUCUCUGUUGUACCCCACUGCCAGUGUCAGUCAUUGCACAAAAUGCAUAUUUGUCUCUUAUCCUUCAAGGGUCUGGUGUCACCAUCAGAUAGUACCCCC